AAAACAUCAUCAUCUCAUCUGCUCCCACUAAACAAAUUGCUUUGAUUCCAUGGAGGCCCCAACUUGGAUUGCCUAUGCAGCAGCCUGGCUAUCCACCAUUGCACUUAUCCUCCUUGCCAAACAUCUCCGCCGGAGAAAGCUUCAUCUACCGCCCGGUCCUAAGCCAUGGCCGAUCAUCGGAAACUUGAACCUCAUCGGCUCCCUCCCUCACCGUUCCAUCCACGAUUUGUCGCAGAAAUACGGCCCCAUCAUGCAGCUCCAGUUCGGGUCCUUCCCCGUGGUCGUCGGAUCCUCCGUUGAAAUGGCCAAGAUUUUCCUCAAAACCAUGGACAUCAACUUCGUCGGCAGACCCAAAACUGCCGCCGGGAAGUACACAACGUAUAAUUAUUCCGAUAUUACUUGGUCCCCAUACGGCCCGUACUGGCGCCAGGCGCGGCGAAUGUGCAUCAUGGAGCUUUUCAGCGCCAAGCGCCUCGAUUCUUACGAGUAUAUCCGAUCCCAGGAAUUGAAAUCUAUCCUCGCCCAACUCUACAACGUAUCCUCUGCUAGGCAACCCAUUCUUUUGAAGGACUAUUUGUCCACCCUGAGCUUGAACGUGAUCAGCCGGAUGGUGCUCGGAAAGAGUUACCUGAAUGAGUCGGAGGGAGCGAUUGUGAGCCCCAAUGAGUUCAAGAAGAUGUUAGACGAGCUGUUCUUGCUCAACGGGGUGUUGAACAUCGGGGAUUCGAUCCCCUGGAUCGAUUUCUUGGACCUGCAAGGGUACAUUAAGAGGAUGAAGGCAUUGAGCAAGAAGUUCGAUAGGUUUUUGGAGCAUGUUGUUGAUGAGCAUAAUGGUAGGAGAGUGGCAGAGGGGGAUGGUUUUGUUGCUAAGGAUAUGGUGGAUCUUCUGCUCCAAUUGGCUGAUGAUCCUAGCCUUGAAGUCAAGCUUGAGAGGCAUGGAGUAAAGGGUUUCACCCAGGACCUGCUGGCUGGUGGAACAGAGAGCUCUGCAGUGACAGUGGAAUGGGCAAUUUCUGAGCUCCUAAAGAAGCCAGAGAUAUUCAAGAAGGCAACAGAUGAACUAGACCGUGUGAUCGGUCAGAAGAGAUGGGUAGAAGAGAAGGACAUGCCAAAUCUUCCAUACAUACAGGCAAUAGUUAAAGAGACAAUGAGAUUGCACCCUGUGGCUCCGAUGCUUGUGCCACGCCAAUGCCGCGAGGACUGCAAGGUCGCGGGCUACGACAUUCCAGAAGGCACCCGAAUCCUAGUGAGCGUUUGGACCAUUGGAAGAGACCCGACGCUCUGGGACAAUCCAAAUGAGUUUAUACCCGAUAGGUUCAUUGGGAAAGAUAUUGAUGUUAAAGGGUGUGAUUAUGAGCUCUUGCCUUUCGGUGCUGGAAGAAGAAUGUGCCCAGGUUAUAGUCUCGGGCUGAAGGUCAUUCAGGCUAGUUUGGCUAACCUCUUACAGGGAUUCAAUUGGAGAUUGCCGAAUGAUGUGACUCCGGAAAAGCUCAACAUGGAAGAGAUCUUUGGACUUUCUACACCUAAGAAAAUCCCACUUGCCGUUGCAAUCGAGCCAAGGCUUCCAAUGCACGUGUACACCGGCUCACUUUGAUUUAUUUAAGAGUUGUGUUACUUUAUUUUCUAUAAGCGCAGUUGAAAUGUAAGGUGUGUAAUGGUUUAUGUUAGUAAAGAAUAACAACUAAGUAUCUGGAUAACCAACUUGAUUGUGGCGAGUUAAAAGAAAGGUCGGGAGUUAAAAAUUCUCUCUUAUAUGAAAAAAUUAAUAUGGAUCAA